AUGUGAUCUGAAGUGAAAGUGAAAGGCAGUUAGCUAACAUGUAGAAGAACCCGUUAUUUUCACAUUUCUGAAAUUAACUGCAGGAUAUUCUCCCGAAACGAGUACAAUCGCAGCAAAUUUCGACUCCAUGAAAAGAGAUUAAAAAUACAGGAGAAAGCAAAUGGCUGAAUCUUCAUCAUCAACAAAAGGCAGAAGAAGGAGGAGCAUGGAAGAACCAAAUUCAUGUUAUUCUCAUGACUCCAGCAGUCUCCUGUCUGAAGAGCAGCUGCUGUGUUCGAUCUGUCUGGAUGUGUUCACUGAUCCAGUCACCACUCCAUGUGGACACAACUUCUGUAAGAGCUGCCUUACACAGUGCUGGGAGAAGAGUCAACACUGUCAAUGUCCAUUAUGUAAAGAGAAAUUCACCAAGAGACCUGAACUGAAGAUUAAUACAACACUGAGAGAGGUUGCAGAGCUCUUCAAGAAGAAAAGUGCUUCUGACAAACCUGAGGUUCUUUGUGAUGGCUGCAAUGGAGAGAAGCUGAAGGCCCUGAAAUCCUGUCUGGAUUGUUGUGCAUCUUUCUGUAAAACUCAUUUAGAAUUUCAUAAUCAUGUUCCUAGCUUUAAGAAACACAAACUAAUAAACCCUGUGGAGAAGCUGGAGGACUACAUAUGCCAGAAACAUGAGAGAGCUGUGGAGCUGUUCUGUAGAGAUGAUCAGACGUGUGUGUGUCAGUUCUGCACUGAGACAGACCACAAGAAUCACAACACUGUUCCUAUAGAGGAGGAGAGCAGAGAGAAGAAGACUCAGCUGGUAAAAACACAGACAGAUGUGCAGCAGAUGAUUCAGGACCGAGUGAAGAAGAUAAAAGAAAUCAAACACUCAGUAGACCAAAGCAAAAGAAGCACAGAGAAAGAGAAAGCAGACAGUGUUGAAGUCUUCACUGCUCUGAUUCGCUCCAUUGAGAGAAGUCAGGCUGAGCUGCUCGAGGUGAUGGAGGAGAAGCAGAAAGCAGCAGAGAGGCAGGCUGAAGGACUCAUUAAAGAGCUGGAGCAGGAAAUCACUGUGCUAAAGAGGAGAGACACUGAGCUGGAGCAGCUCUCACACACUGAGGAGCAUCUCCACCUCCUACAGAUUUACUCCUCCAUGUGCAGCCCUCCACACACCAAGAACUGGACUGAGAUCAGUAUUAACACUGAUCUGAGUGGGGACACUGUGAGGACAACUCUCUCUCAGCUUCAGCAGACUCUGAAUGAGAAACUCACUAAAACACUCAAUGACAAGUUAAAGGAAACAGUUUCCACAGAACUGAAGAGGAUUCAGCAGUAUGCAGUGGAUGUGACUCUGGAUCCUGAUACAGCUCAUCCUGAACUCAUCCUGUCUGCUGAUGGAAAACAAGUGACAAAUGGAGACACACGACAGAAUCUCCCUGAUACACCACAGAGGUUUGAUUACUGUGUUAAUGUUCUGGGAAAGCAGAGUUUCUCCUCAGGAAGAUUUUAUUAUGAGGUGCAGGUCAGAGGGAAAACUAAAUGGACUGUUGGAGUGGCCAAAGAGUCCAUUAACAGGAAGGGAGACAUUACACUGAAACCUCAAAAUGGAUUCUGGACUGUGAUACUGAGGAAUGAGAAUCAGUAUAAGGCUUGUGCUAGUCCCCAUGUCCCCCUCACACUGAAAGAGAAGGUGGAGGUGGUGGGGGUGUUUGUGGAUUAUGAGGAGGGUCUGGUCUCCUUUUAUGAUGUGAAGUCCAGAUCUCAUAUCUACUCUUACACUGGUCAGUCUUUCACUGAGAAACUCUAUCCAUACUUCAGUCCUUGUACAAAUGAAGGAGGUAAAAAUUCAGCACCACUGAUCAUCUCUCCUGUAUUUAAAACUGAAUGAAUUUUUACUUCACGAAUUUAAUCAAUUAAAUUGUGAGAAUAAUAAAAUAUUUUCCUGUUUUUGGUUCAUUUUAGAAAUAUGUAUUUCCUUUUAAAGUGCUGUACUGAUUACUUUAAUAGAGUCUUUUGAGGGGGCAGGGUGGAAAAAAAUAAUCAUACAGUAUGCCAUCUGCUGUUGCAAAGGGGAAACGAUGUUUUUAAUAGUAAAACAAAUUCUUAAAGGUAGGAGGACAGAGGGAGCCUCAUUAAUAUUCAUGAGGAAGUUCUAUCUGAUUGGUCACUGACACGUUUCAGCUCUGUUUCAUGUUGCUGCACGAGACUGUUUUCUGACUGCUGUGAAAAAUCCUCCUGAGGAGAUUAAACUGACUAGAGCAAGAAACAGAAUUAACCAACCGGAAAUAUACAUUUUAUUUCAUUUUCUGUUCGAAAAGCCAGCUAGCUAUUCUUUCAUAAACAUUUCAAUAUUACCGUGGUUUUAUUUACUACAUUCUCCACACUGAAAUGAAAAUUAAAAUGUCAUUAUGUGUGUAGCAUCCCGACUGAAUAAUGGUCCCAACUCUUCAACUGAUGGUUCUCUUUAAUGUUUAUCUUCCAAAGAAUGAAAGCUCCCUUUUUAAUAUACAGUGAACACACUGUAAGAGCUACGAUAACAAAAACAGACACAUGAAA